AUGUUUAUCACGGUGAUGUUUGGAGCUGGCUGCCGGGAGCUGGUGAACCCGUGGUGCCGCCUGGUGACCCUCACUGCCCACCUACGGCAGAGGGGGCGGGUGCCUCCAGAUGACGGGGAGGGCGGGGCCCCCACUCGCUAUGAGUCCCUCCUGGAGAACCUGGAUGACCGGUGUCCAGAGCUGGCAGAGGCGCUGCGCCGGCUGUCAGGCCUACCCCCUCUGGGCAACAGCCGGAGGAGACGUAAUGGCACUCGUACCGGCACUCGGCGUGGCCACCAGGACCAAGGCCCUCUUUUGAGGUCCCAAAGGCUGGGCUCCCUGCUGUCCAGGCCCCGCUAG